AUUUUGGCAGAUAGGUUCGAUCAAAAUCGUCAUUUGUAGAAUGCACACUGCUGGAUGGAACGCCGCCGCGCGGCGGUGUAAAAAGGUACUACAUUUUCUAUUCAGUCAAACCUCUUUAAAAUACCAAAUAAUUCUGUUUAAUUUAAUUUAUGUAUGUACUAGAUAGUGUUAUGUAUUUUGCUUGUAUCGUAGUACUCAUCUCCGUGUGUGUUAAAAGUACCAACAAGUAAGAGCGCGCUUUGACAACAGCGCCACCCAAAAACGACUACUAUAAUAAAACAAAAAUUAAUAACAUUUAUCACUUCAGUGCUUCAACUACGGACGUUAUUUUAAAGCCAUUAUAUCCAUAAAAUUAAGAAUUAAUUUCUAAAAGAAUACAGUGUAUUACAGUGUAUACAGUGUAUGAAUACUAGUUGGAAACUGACUGUUGCAUUUGCUUCAAAAACUACCUCAUCAAAUCUUACCGAAUAACGAACGUAUUGUUGCAUCAAUGCUUUAAAUUGGGUAACUAUGAUUUCUGGCAAUGUGUAAGUGUAAAAAUCUUGCUUCGCACACGUUAUUAACAUCAAAGUAGGUGAAUCAAACCGGUUCUUUAAAUUCGACUUCACUACGUUUCCUUCGCAAGAGUUUUACGCUACAUUUGAUCACUUCUGUGUAACCUUGGCGAAGAACCAACAACCUACAACAGCGAACAGCGUAUUUUUAUUCAUUGUUUGUUUCAUCAAAAUGAAAUCCAGCACAGUAGUACUUCAUGAAUUCCAUACUUUCGAUGGAAUUGGGAUUGAAGACCGUGACCUACAGGACCUUGAGGAAGACAUGGUCGAAGUUAAAGUACACUAUUGUGGAAUUAAUUUUGCGGAUUUCUAUACGAUUCAUAAGUUAGCAAGCGAUCAGCUACCAGCUGUUUUAGGGAUUGAAUGUUCUGGAGUAAUAACAAAUGUUGGGAGCAGCUCGGUUCCUUUCAAAGUAGGAGAUAGGGUUAUUUGUUAUGAUUUCAAGGGUGGAUUACAUCGAUCCAUUGUGCGAAUAAAGCACGAGAAGUGCUACGCGGUACCGGAAAACAUUGAUCUAAAAACUGCAGCGUCGAUUUUCGUAAAUUACCUAACCGCUUGGUGUGCGCUCUUCUCUCUUGGAAACAUAAAAGAUGGCGAGUCCGUCUUUGUCUCAUCAUGUGGAGGAGGUGUUGGUUUGGCCAUAAUAGAACUUGUAAAGUCAAAGAAAGAUGUUACGAUUUACGGCACUGCAUCGUCUGCAAAACGAAACUUUCUUGAAAGCAAAGGAGUGCAUUUCGUCGAGUACUCUGAAGUUGCCGCUCUAGAAGAAAAUUUUGAUUUGAUCAUCGAAUCAAUGAAUACUGAAACCAGAAAAGUCCUAACAACAAAAUUAAACCCAUUCGGACGAGUUGUUAUCAUUGGUGCUAAAGGUAUGAUCCCCGGAUCCAAUGCAGCGGAAACAAGCGCUGACCCGAACAUUAACCCAGUGGAUUUAAUUUACGGAAACACUGCGAUUGCCGGCUUGCACAUUGGACUCCUGGCCGACAAUUAUCCCCAAUUAACACGCAUUGCCCUGAACUCGAUAUUUACUCAACUAACGCCCGAAAAUCUUGAAAUUAAAAUUUACCCUUUCAACGACGCCAAACGCGCCUAUAAAGAGUUGGCCAACCGCACCAACAUCGGCAAAAUAAUCUUGCAAAUUUGAGUGCAUGUGUAAACUAUUAAACUAUUAAAUUGUUAAUUUACCAUUGUGUGCGUCAGAAAGACACAAACAGUGAUGUGACAUUUUCAAAUCGAUCCACUGUGUCCGUUGCAAAAAUAUGAUACAAAUAUAAACUAAAUCAUAA